AUGUUCCUAAAAGAUUUUAAUUUCCGCUGUGAAGAUAAAAUAACGUCACUGAAAGGAAAGGUGUGCUUGAUAACAGGGGCGAGCAGGGGUAUUGGCGCAGAAAUAGCCAUUUGGUUUGCAUCUCUUGGUGCUAAGCUAGCUCUUACUGGCAGAGACUUUGCUGCCCUCGAGAAAACUAAGCAGAUUUGUGUCGAAAAGGGACUCGCAGAAAACGAGGUGUUCCUCAGUGUUGGAGAUUUAGCUGUUGAUACAGAUCUAGAGAGAGUCUUCAAUGAAUGCACUUCGUAUUACAACGGCACGCUGGAUGUCUUGGUGGGUAUAUACGUUUGACAUACGGUAUCGUGAUGGUUAUAUGUAAAAAUUUUA